GCAGCCAUCGUGUCUCCCAAGGCGUCCCCACUCCCCCGAAAGCGGCGUCAUCAAAACGCCCACCAGCACGGCAACGCGGCAAAGAUGAAGCUUCUGGACCCCAAAGCAGCGUUUCAGUGACUUUCUGGCUGCCCGGGUAAUCAAGCGGCGCAGUGUGCAAAAGGACACUUAGGCAGAUGGAAGACCUCCACUGCCGGAGAACAUUUGACCGAUUUGCCUAUAGUCGAAGAACAUGUACCGCUAAUCUCUUCGUAUGUGGCGCUGCAGAGCGCCGAGUAAUAAGGAGCCAGGCAGCUUAUUACUGGGCAACAGCACUAUCAGGGACUACCUAUACUUUGGCGUGAUUAUGGGCUGCGGGAAAGUAGUUGGUACGUCGGCCGCAUCAUUGGCGACUUACGUAUUGGCGUACGUACCUCCGCUUUAAGCUCGAGGCUUAGAUGGCAAGGAUCAACUGCUGCUGUCACCCAAAUUCGGUACUUAGUCCAGGCUACCUAAGCGUUUUGGUCGUGUGCGCGUGCUCCAUACUUGGUAUAACGGCAGGGUUUCCAAUCCAAGAGAAAAUCCC